GCAGUUGCGUAGGCUAGAGGGUAAAGGUCAGGGCAGGUACAGAGGGAGAGCGAGAGAGAGAAAGAGAGAUGGUUGCAGUACGGAAAGUUGCCGGGCAGAUAAAACCGUCUCCGUGAGGCAAAGGGAGGCGAGAUGGUACGUUCUUCGCGCUGCGGCUGAUCCGCCUUUGAAACCGCCUCAGCCGACGGGUCACCACUCCGCUCCUCUCGCGUCUCCCCCCCUCCGUCCGGGCCAAUGAGCGUCGCAUAUGAGCUGCUGUGGCGUUUGCUGCACGUCCUCUUCAGCGUCCAGCGCGCGCUGGUCGCCUGGGGCCGCGGUUGGUUCGGAGGUCGCGGCUCGUGGCUCAGCCGUUGGCGGCAGCGCGCGGCUACGGCGGCCACUGCCGCCUCGCGGGCCCUCUUAGUUCCGGCGGCGGCCGGCAACCCUUUCGCCUUUCACAAGCCGGCGGCGUUAGGGCGGAAAGUAGUGGGCACCGUUAGCCGUUGGCGGAAGGAUGCCAAAUCUCUGCAGAAGCUGCCGGGCCACGUGGGGCUGGUGGUGACCGAGGAGGAGCAGAACUACGCCGAUGUAGCCAGCUUGGUGGUGUGGUGCAUGGCGGUUGGCAUCUCCUAUAUCAGCGUCUACGACCACGAAGGUAUUUUCAAAAGAAAUAAUUCAAGACUGAUGGAUGAAAUUUUAAAACAGCAGCAGGAAUUAUUGAAUCUUGACUGUUCCAAAUAUACAGUGAAAUUUGCAAAUCAGGAGAAAACAGAUCAAGUUUUAAAUUGCCAAUCUGUUCUGAACGUGCUGUCCUCAGAGGAUGGAAAAACAGAUAUUGUAAAAGCAGCUCAGAAAUUUUGCAACUUAGUAGCACAAAAACAAAAGAAAUGUACAGAUUUGGAUAUGGACAUCUUGGAGAAUUUAUUAAGUAGUACUAAUGGCUUUCCUGAUCCUGACCUAAUAUUAAAGUUUGGUCCUGUGGACAGUAUCUUGGGAUUUCUUCCCUGGCAAAUCAGAUUGACAGAGAUUGUUUCUUUGCCUUCACAUGUGAAUGUCAGCUAUGAUGAAUUCUUCUCUGCCCUUUGUUACUAUGCAUCCUGUGAUCAGCGUAUUGGAAAAUGAUUUAUUGCGGAAUUCUAUCAGGAUUUCUUUGAAAAGGACCCAAGGUCUCUGUUUACAAAUACCUGUGAUUCAUACAAGUCCAGUACAUAGUCUUUUAAUUUAUCAAAUUCAAUAAAGUGUCUUAUCCUUUUUAGAAUUUGUAUGUGUGUGUACUCAUAAUCUUUGAAGGUAUGAAAAAGCAAUGGUUUACUGCUGUCUAAUAAUGAUAUAUCAUAAAAGUCGUAAAAAAUAA